AGACGUAGUCAGACUCACACACACACUCUCUCCUCUUCUGUUUCUGUAUACAAUUUUUUAUUAUCUUACUUCAAGCUCUUCGCUUCGUUGUGCCAGAACCAGAAGAUAAAUUUUAACUUUGAAAACAAAAGGCAAAGGCAAAAGAAGGAACAUGGCAUCUGUGCAUGUUACGUACAAAAUCUUUAAAGGGCAAUCCAGGCUUACGUUAGUCCCACGACUACCUACAGGAUUUUGAUUUCUUGUUUCCUUUUACCAACACUGCCACCUUCUUCUCUUCUCCUUUAUCCUCACCUUUUUCAAUUUAUAUACACAUACGACAUACCUAUUCAAUAGUAUUCAUAUUCUUCUUCUAUAUAUACUUUCCCAAAUUUCUCAAAAACAUUAAUAACCCAUUCUUCCAACAGAAGCCAACCCAGUAAUAAUGGCCACUAAGUUUCUUUUAACAUUUGCUAUUUGUAGAUUAAUUGUUACUGUGGGAUUAACAGUUGACCCCAUGGAGCUCCUCCGCCACGGAGUCGACGGUCAGCUUAGCCUAGACCCAUCCGAUGUCAAAACAGCUUCACUUGAUUUUGGUAGGUUAAGCCGAGCCGAGCCAUUAGCAGUUUUGCACCCGGCUUCAGCAGAGGACAUAGCUGGGCUAGUUAAAGCUGCCUAUGAGUCAACUCAUGGCUUCACAGUCUCGGCAAGGGGUCAUGGGCAUUCCAUAAACGGUCAGGCACAAACAACUCAUGGGGUUGUAAUUCAGAUGAGCGGCUCCAGAGGAAAACGGCUUGUCUCCGGGAAGCCGGCUUUGCCUCUGGUUUACGAGAAGGAAAAGUAUAUAGACGUGUGGGGAGGAGAGCUUUGGAUAGAUGUGCUAAGGAGUACGCUAAAGUAUGGACUCGCACCAAAGUCAUGGACUGAUUACUUGUACCUUUCUGUGGGAGGUACUUUGUCUAAUGCGGGGAUUAGCGGGCAGGCUUUUAAUCAUGGUCCUCAGAUUAGCAAUGUUCAUGAGCUUGACGUUGUUACAGGCAAGGGAGAGCUCUUGACAUGUUCAGAAGAGCAAAACACAGAGCUAUUCCGUGCUGUUCUUGGCGGUCUAGGGCAAUUUGGAAUCAUCACUCGAGCUAGAAUCAGUCUUGAACCAGCUCCUCAAAGGGUGAGGUGGAUCCGAGUAUUGUAUUCCAAUUUUUCGUCUUUUACCAAAGACCAGGAAUAUCUCAUCUCAUUGCAUGAACAACCAGCCAGCAAAAAGUUCGAUUAUGUUGAGGGUUUUGUUAUUGUAGAUGAAGGGCUUAUCAAUAAUUGGAGGUCAUCCUUCUUUUCCCCUCGUAAUCCAGUUAAAAUCAGCUCCCUUAAUGCUGACGGGGGUGUUUUAUACUGCCUGGAGAUCACCAAAAACUACGAUGAAUCUACCGCUGAUAGCGUUGAUCAGGAAGUAGACGCUUUGUUAAAGAAAUUGGAUUUUUUACCCACAUCAGUUUUCACAACUGAUCUACUUUAUGUGGAUUUCUUGGACCGGGUCCACAAGGCCGAGUUGAAGCUCCGGUCCAAGGGUUUGUGGGAUGUGCCUCACCCUUGGCUAAACCUUUUUGUUCCCAAAUCAAGAAUCUCGGACUUCGAUAAGGGUGUUUUCAAGGGCAUUUUGGGGAAUAAAACAAGUGGACCCAUUCUCAUCUACCCAAUGAACAAUAACAAGUGGGACCAUAGCAAUUCGGUGGUGACCCCAGAUGAGGACGUCUUUUACCUUGUUGCUUUGCUAAGAUCAGCUUUGGAUACCGGAGAUGAGAUCCACAAUUUGGACUACCUCAGCAAUCAGAACCGUCGGGUCCUCAGAUUCUGUGAUGAGGCGGGAAUCAAAGUGAAACAGUACUUGCCUCAUUACACUACACAAGAGGAGUGGAUGGACCACUUUGGAGAUAAGUGGGGUCAGUUUUAUCAGAGAAAAAUAGAAUUCGAUCCUAAACAUAUUUUAGCCACAGGCCAACGUAUAUUUCGACCUUCCUUUACAUCUUCUAAUGUGGCCUUAUAGUGUUAUUGUCUUAGGAGUAUUCUUAUUGUUGUAAAUAUAAUGGCAUAAAGGAGAAACUGGGAUGAAUAAUAUUGUUUAUUGAAGAUGAUAUUGA